AGAUUUCAAAGUACAGAACUAAAGCAAUCUUUUCUCUUUUUGAAGUUUAUUAGUCAUGACAAAACACAGCACGACUAUCUACUGGUUUUGGAGUGAAAAAUUUUGGUUAUCCAACAAUUUAACAUGGAAAGAUUUAGAAAAUACAGCAAAAAGAAGUUAUGGCCAAGCUGGUGAUUUGUUGUGGGCUGUCCCCCUAGCUUUACUUCUUUUUGCAGUACGAGUGCUGUUUGAGAGAUUUAUUGCUAAACGAAUGGGGAUGAAAUUGAAUAUUCCUGAUGCGCCUCACAAGCGUCCAUCCGAGAACAAGAUAUUAGAAAAAGUUUAUGCAACAAUAACUAAAAAACCAGACCAAGAAAGAUUAGAUGGAUUAUGCAAACAGCUUGACUGGAAGGAACGCCAAGUUCAAAGAUGGUUUCGCAGACGUAACAGAAUAGAAAGACCAACAACUCUCAAAAAGUUUUGCGAGGGGGCUUGGCGAUUUUUCUUUUAUUUUUCAAGCUCUAUUGCAGGGAUUUUGAUUGUGUACAAAGAAGAAUUUCUUUGGGAUACGAGAAGGUUCUUCACGAAUCAUCCACGCGAUCAUCAGUUAAUAUCUUCCCAUUACUGGUACUAUAUGCUAGAAUUGUCAUUUUAUUGCGCACUUUGUUUUUCUCAAUUUUUUGAUAUUCGAAGAAAAGAUUUUCUGGAAAUGUUUAUCCACCAUAUUGCUACUAUCAUGCUCAUUUCAUUUUCUUACAUUGCAAAUUUUACAAAAAUUGGUGUCGCAAUCAUGCUCACUCAUGAUUUUUCAGAUGUUUUCCUUGAAUUUGCGAAACUUGCAAAGUACGCAAAACGUAAGAAAUUGACAACUAUUGGAUUCAUUCUAUUAUCUAUUACAUUUGUAGCUACAAGACUGGUCAUAUUUCCAUUUGGCAUCAUUAGCAGUGUAUGGUACGAAGGAAUGGUUAUUUUGAAACCAUUUUCUUUUGCUUUACAAAUUCUAUUUUGUGCUCUUUUAUUGUUACAAGUGCUACAUCUUUACUGGUUCACUCAUUUAUUGGGAGUGGCAUACUCAACAUUAUUCCUCGGUGAAAAUGAAAGAGAUUCCCGGAGUGACUCUGAGAGCUCUACUUGUGAGGAUGACAAAUAGCACCACAAUGAUUUUAAAACCCGUUUAGACUGUGUUUAGGUACAUUCUUUUGAUGCUGUGCCAUAAAUUUUGAGAUUUUUUGAAAAAAGGAGAGUUGUGUUAAAUCAUGAUUAAUGUUCAAGUUUGAAAUGAUUAGUACAUUAUGCCAAUGUUUUUUUUCUAUUGGUAAUAUGCUGCAAUGAAAUAGAUUUCACAUACUUUCAUUUCAAGAUGUGUUGUAAUUUUUUUUUUCUUCAUAACAUUAUAUUGAUUGCAAAAUUGAAUAACAUAUAGCGUAUUUUUACAAAACACUCAAAAAAUUGCUUUCACUGACACAGUUGCAGUUAUUUUACUAGGGCAGGAAAAUGUUAUAUUUCUCAUUCUUAUUGAACAAUCAGUUUCGAAGGAUCAAAAUCAUCAUAAACCCAACUAUUUUUUGCUGAGUAAAUUGAAUUAUUGAUUAAUUGUUGUUAGUUUCGAAUAAAGAGCAUUAUAACAUUUUAACGAACUAAUUUUUAUGCAAAACUACAUAAUAAAACAUCAAUUGCAAUAGUAAAUAUGUUAGACAGUGGUUUGCAAACUUUUUGAGAUGUGCCCCCUUUUUAAAAUUUGUCAAGUUUUGCGUCACCCCUAAAAAUAACUAGCUAACAAUAAGCUACAAAUAACAGAUAGUAAGGCAAAAUUAUGUUUUAUUCAAAAAACAUGUCGAAAAUGCGUGGAUGGAGCCCGAGCAGGAUCAAAUGCAACAAAUAUUUUUCUUUCAAUUAGCUUCUCAAUCCCCCCUCCAAAAUUGUCUAUGUCCCUGAUUGGGGGGUUGUCCACCCUUUGAGAACCACUGUGUUAGCAUCAAUGUUAAAAAUCUGAUAUACUGAUAAUAAUAGUACAUCCAUAUAUUAGUUUUAUCAAGACAGGCUUGAUAGAAACAUUCAAGGUAUAUUAUUUUCUAUCAAUGUAAUGCAAUGAUUUCUUAUUACUACAAAACGAUUUCCUUGUUUGCAAGUACUAACAAAUUAACAUAUCUUUAUACUUUAUGUUGAGGUUAAUAAUAUUAUAUUUUUUAUUUGUGUAGCAAAUAGCGAUCAAGAUUAAUUAACCGGAAUAGAACGUAGAAAUGGAAUUUUCUAUGUCAUAUAUGUAUACGAAUCAUUUUUUCUAAUGUUUUAAAUUUUAUUUCAUAGUUCAUGUUCCUAAUAUGGAAAAUUAUUUUUCAUUGAAAAAUCAAAUGUUUUAUUUAUUAUGAAUUUCUGUUACUCAAAGAUCGUAAAGUGUUUUUGUGAAUUUUUCAAGGAUUAGAUUACAGCUCAAACGUGGUUUCGAUGUAAACUCGUAAUUUCAUUAUUGUGAAUGGUCAUAUUUUGCAAUUCAAUGUUGUAUCAAGUCAUUAUUUUUGAAAUGAAUGAUCAUUUGGCUGAAAUUUGACUAACACAGGUAUACCCUGGUUUCAAUUAUAUAUAUUUAAAAAACGAUCUUUUUCAAAUAAUAUAAAUUUUUUUUUAAUUUAAAAGUAGUUUGAUAAUAUAGGCGUAAUGAAAAAGUUUUAUACAUUGCUAAUUAUAUAGGAUUUCCUUAUAGCAGUGAAAGAGCCAGCAGCAGAAUGACUCUUAUCUAGCAAUUAAUUAUUUUUGCAUAGAGAAAUGACUAAUAGGUAAAUGUUGCAGGACUAAGGGAUUUUAAACUUUGCAUGUCAAUAUUGAUAUUGCGCACAGAUUGUUUGUGCAACAUAUGUAAAGAAGCAUUGCAUAAAUUUGAACAAAUCAUAUAGUCUUUUGAGAAACGAUAUGUGUGUUGUUAGCAAGGCUUAUUAUUGCACUUUCAUCAUGAUAUUUAUGCAAUAUACAACAGCCCUUUAUGUGAUGAAAUUCAGUCUCAAGUUGCAACCUCGCAUUGCAGAUUAUUGCUAAUGGGCACACAUCACAAUGCCCUUUGUGUGUGAGAAAAAAAAAAACUAUUGAUAAUGUUUUUACCAGUUUGAUGACUUUAUCUGUUGAAUCACUGCUAGGUUCAAUGAAUAAAUACUGAACAUUCAAAGUUUCUUUGAACGCUUACUCAUUGUAUAUAACAGUAAGCUGUGACAUGACAGUUCUAUUACACAGUAUCAAUAAUAUGUUUUUGUUUGAUGCUCAAAUAUUUUAAAAAAUGGAAAAAGGGAAAGUUAAAUUUGACGUAACUCCAUUCGUGUAUGUUAUUUUGUCCUGUACAGGUGCUAAAAGAGAUUGUCGUGUGCUGAAUAUAUUCUAUGGAAUCAUGUUGUGGUUUAUUCAAUGAACUGCCCUUAUUUAUUUGAUUUAUUUUAUUAACCUGCACAAUUGCAAUGUUAUAUUAUUUGAAUAUAAUACAGACUAAUUAUGUUGAAA